UGGGGACAGGGAAGGUCAGCGCAGUCGGAAUCGGGGGACGAGGGAGGUCAGCGCGGCCGAAAAAGGGAUAGGGGAAUGGGAGGGGGGCUGGGAUCGGGAUGGGAAAUGGAUUUUCGAGGUUAGGGAAUGCCAGGAUGCUUUUCGAUGCCUGGGUUUUCGUGGGGGAGGGAGGGAAGGGGUUGGUGGUUCAAGGGAGGGGGGGUCGAUCGCGCCCCGAAGCCGGCGUGGCAGGGGACUCAGGCGGCGGGGACGACGGUGGCUUGGGCGGUGGGUGGUUUUUUUAAUAUUAAUUUUUUAUUUUUUCUUUAUAAAAUUUACUUUAUUUUUUUUUGUAUUAAUCAUAGGCCGCCACCACAUGUCUGGUAACUUGUUAUAACAAGUUGCAUGACCGGUUGGGACCAUUUUGAGUUAAUUGAUUAUUUUUACCGAACGCCCCAAAGAUGAGAUUAUUGCGGGCAAUUUUUUGAAAUAAACCAAAUUGAAAACCCUAAAUCCCCCGGAUACGUAUUAGAAUUGGCGCCAAAACCGCCAUUAACACCUAAUUUCUCUCUCCUCAUUUCUCGACAUUUUAGGGCGGUUUAAUUAAUUAGCCCAUAUUCAAUUAAACUGGGUUUUAAUCAUCUCGGAAAAAGAAAAGACAAAGUCCUUAAAUUUCUUCGUUUUUUCAUUUCAAAUUUCUCAUUUGUAUUUGCAUUGAGAGAAAGAAGAGGUGCUGAAGUGGUGAUUUUUCUGCAAACAUGGCUUUUUGGGGAGUUGAAAUUAAACCAGGAAAGCCAUUUACUCUUUCACCUAACCAAUCAUGCGGAAAACUCCGUAUUUCCCAGGCUACACUAGGAAUGGGUGCUUCAAACAACAAGAGUUAUGUUCAGUGCAAUGUUGGCAAGAAGACUCCUGUUAUGUUGUGUGUUUUAUUGCCUGAUAAAGCUGAGUACCUUCAUUUGGAAUCGGAGUUUGAUGAGGCUGAAGAAGUCACUUUAUCUGUUGUUGGUCCUCGUAGUGUCUACCUUACUGGAUACUUUGUAGGCAAUGCUCGACGUAAUUUGGCCGGGGUCCCCGGGGAUGAUGAGUCUGAAUCAUACGGAGAAGAUGUUGGAGAGACGGACACAGAAGAUCUUAAUGCAGAUGAUGACUAUGAAGAGGAUAGCUUCAUUAAUGAUAGUGAUCCAGAAGUCUUUGCUCCAUCACCUUUGUCUAGUAAUGAAUUAAAACAGAAGAAAGCUGGGACCAAAAAGAGCAGCCGAAAGCGCCUUAAAAAGUCGUAUAUGUUGAGUGAAUCUGAAGAUGAUGGUGCUAUUUCGCAACAGAAUACUUCCAGUGAUCCUAUUUGUGAGCAAAUGGUUGAGAGCGAGAAGGAAGAUCAGAUGCCUAUCUCUUCACUGUGGGGAAAUUCUGAAAUGGGUGAUGAAGAUUCAAAAAGAAAGAGGUGUGUUUCUGGAAAUACAACUGAUGAUCACCAAACUGAAGAUAAAAAGGUUAAGAAGAAGAAGAGAAAGAAUAGAAAAGAAACUGGAGCCUUAAACCUUUCAAGCCCACCUAAAAAUGAGACUGACCCCAUGACAGAGACUGGUGGGAAAAAAAAUUGCAAUACAACGACAAUAUCAGGCGGCUUGAUUGUUGAGGAACUUGAGGCUGGUGAAGAUGGAAAAGUGGCUUCCACGGGAAAAAAGGUCUCUAUUCAUUAUACUGGUAAACUGAAGAAAGGGAACCAGAUUUUUGACUCAAGUGCUGGAAAAGAUCCUCUCAAAUUUCGCCUUGGUAAAGGUCGUGUUAUGGAUGGGCUUGAGCUUGGAUUAGAAGGAAUGCGUGUUGGUGGUAAGAGAAGGCUUCAAAUACCGCCUGAAUUGGGAUACGGAAGUGAGGGCACGAGUCUUGUACCCCCAAAUUCAUGGUUAAUAAUGGAUGUUGAAUUGGUUCGUGUUCGCUAAUAGGCUAUUGAGUUGGUUGGAUAUGGCAAUCUUUGUUUACAUCACGAGACUGCUGAGACUCAUGACUUCAUGAGAGGAUGCAUCAGUUUUGGGGGUUAUAUGUUCUGUACAUGUCUUACAAGGGGCAAUUUUUGUGGCAAUUAUUUUCCGACCUACUAUGUCUCAUUGGUUUUGGAAUAAUAGAAUGAGUCCUUUUAUACGUAUUUAGUGAACAAGAUGACUACUACCAACAUUUUGUUUGGGUUACAUGUAAAUGGAUUUGUUCAGUUUCUUGCAAAUGCAGUAAUCCUUAUUCUCA